GAGUUCGUGCCAACUCGUGCGCUGAUCGGUCAACAGGUGGGGAUGACAUGCUUGUUGUUAUUUUCCUAACCUAAUUACCUAAUUGUCAAAAUAAAAUGAAAAACGUCCAACAAGAGAUUUUAACUACAGAGGAUACGUUUGUGUCCGUUGUCCCGACCCGUGAUAACACCCUUAAAGUGCAAAAUUGCACUGAGGAUACCGGGGAGCGAGUGCAGCUCUUGAAACCAGCAGCGGAUUCUGCCACUUCUGCACCCCCGAGAUAUCAGCCGCCGCCGUUACCGCCCACUGGGGCCCAGGGCAUCCUCAAACACCACCCGAAAGAUGCCAAACUUUAUCCCGCACCCAAACUACCCGAAAACGUGAGGCUGCCACAGCCCGGAAAAAACUACCCCUACUAUCCAGAACGCACCACACAAGUGCAGGUGCACCAGCCGCGGCCCCUGGACGAGCCCGGCGUGCCCCAGGUCCAGCACCGGCCAGUUCGCUACGACGACGAGUUCCUCCGUCCCGAAAUGCUGAAAUUCGUUCGGAAACCCGACGACCCUCGCUUAGCCGACCCCAACCGGCACAUGCAGAGCAUCCUCGGCGAGUUGCGCGCCCUCAAAGAGGCCAACCAGCGCCUCGCCGACGAUAACCAGGAGUUGAGGGAUUUGUGCUGUUUCCUCGACGACGACCGCCAGAAAGGGCGCAAACUGGCCCGCGAAUGGCAACGAUUCGGCCGUUACACCGCCAGCGUAAUGCGCCAGGAGGUCUCCGCUUAUCAAAAUAAAUUACGCGAGUUGGACAACAAGCAGCAAGAAUUGAUCAAGGACAACUUGGAGUUGAAGGAAUUGUGUCUCUAUCUGGACGAGGAGCGAGGCGGCAACUCCAUGUGCCCGGCCUGCGGGAGCGCCCCCACGGGGAACCUCCGGGACGACGGCGACGGCUCGAGUUCGAGCACUAACGCGGACGAACCGGCGAUUCCCCAGCAGUUCACAAAUGGGGGAAACCCCCCGAGGAGGUCCGCCAGUCGGGAGAGGAUCCUCCACGAGAAUCUUGCAAGGCAAAGGAGCACUUUCAACGAUCAAAUUAUGCAAUACGUUAGGAGCCUGGAGCAGCGCGUUAAGCAACUGGAGGAAGAUAAGCGCGCUCUGACUCAUAAAAUCAACCAGAUUGCGACAACAACGGGCGAUUCUAGUAUUGCUAUUCCGCCAGAUGCGGGCGUUGGGGUGCUCACAGGGCGCCCCGAAGCCGUCGUCAGAGCCCUCCAGGUCCUCGAGGUGCGAGAACAGUUGGAGAGGGAAGGGCGGAUGCCCGAAAGGACGGAGAACAUGUCAGACAGCACGUCUCAAGACAUGGACGAUGGGGAAAAAGCCCUCGUCAGAGAAAUGUGCAAUGUUGUUUGGCGCAAACUAGAGGAAGGGCCCUCGCGAAGAUGAGCCGAUGCUUGCCGUAAUGUUUAAGUACAAGACACGUCUUGCCAUUGCGUGACGUCUAUAUCAAUCCUGCUUAUUACAGAGUAUUAUUUUUAUACAUUUAUUUAUUGUGUGAGUCACUGACGUAAUGUAUGUAGUUUGAAAAUUGUUAUUUUUUGAGAACGUCUUCAAAUAAAAAAUCUUUCUAUGA